AUCUUAAGGCAGAAGCAGCUUCAAAUCUGACCAUAGCAGGCUUACCGAGGCAAUUUAUGGUCGCCCUCGGUCGACUGUUCAAUGUCGAAGGUCAGCUCUGGUUUGAUUUGGCUAGUAUCGAUUUUUUUCUUGUUUCAGGUAUCACGACCAACUUCGAAGUGGCUUUUCCUCAACUUGAUAUUCAGUGAACCUAUUUCUGUCGGGCCUUUCAUAAUAGGACUCAUGGAUCGAAGCCGGAGAUCGUGCCUGGGGGUGAAGUGUAACAGAACAUCUGGGAUCUAUGAGUGUUUACCUUUAUCAGGGCUCCUCUCCAAUGCCUCAGGGAAAAUGAUGGUUAAGUGUGUCCUUGACACAUAUCAAGAACGAUGUCUGGAACUUGGCAUGCAUUGAGACCUGGGCAACGCUGCCGUCACGAGCAUUACCUCGCUAUAAGCGCCCCAUGUGACUAUUUUAAGUGUAAUUAGUGGCAACCUCCUAUAUAUAUCCUAAUGGAUUUUAUGCUACGCUUGAG